AUGGAAGCACCACCAGUCACUCAUUUUGGUUUUACCCAACCUGUUAAUUAUCUCGGUCAAAUUCAUAAACAGAACGAUGCUAAAGUUAUUUCCUCUCAUAAAGAGGUUUGCAAACAACUCGAUGUUUGUCAAAUGAUAAUACGUGAAGAAUAUGAACAAAAGGGACAAGAGAGACUUAAUAAAAGUUCUUCAUUUUCUAAACAACUUUCUCAAAAAGUUGCUCAACAAUUACAAAAAUAUCAACGUGAAAGAAAUAACAUUCACUGUAAGAAAACAAACUUGCUUCUCCAAAGACUUCAGAAUGGUAAGCUUUAA